UCCGUGAACGCAGCGGAAGCAGCAGCAGCGGCUCCAGGCGGCUCCACCAACUUCAGUAUUCCCGACGUCUCCAACUCAGAGCGGCUAUGGACCAUGGAGCUCCUCCGAAGCCGUGGGAGAGACGCAUACCAGGAACAAUGACGGCGCCCAUGAACUACAGGUCAGCUGAUCUCAGUCAUGCCCCUGGACCUGCUGUGUCCACUAUUCCUCCAGUCCUCACCAGAGUCGCUCCUCCUGUCCCGCCUCGUCCCGUCCAACAGUCCUACCGUCCGUCUUACAGCUCCUUCAACUCCUCCUACAGCCCUUUUGGAGGGUCUAUAUAUGGGGGCUACAGCCCCUACAGCUACGGCGGCGGCUAUGGUGGUGCCUACGGCCUGGGAGGAUACAACCGUUUCCCCCACUCGGAGGACGUAGCUCCCAGCAGGUUCGUGCAGCAGGCGGAGGAGAGCAGCCGAGGAGCUUUCCAGUCCAUCGAAAGCAUCGUGCAGGCAUUCACCUCGGUCAGCAUGAUGCUGGACGCCACCUUCUCUGCAGUGUACAACAGCUUCCGCGCCGUCUUGGACGUGGCCAACCAUCUCACACGGCUGCGUGCGCACCUCACCAGGGUGUUGUCGGCGUUCGCUCUGGUUCGCACCUUGAGGUAUCUGUACCGACGGCUGCAGAGGCUGCUGGGACGGAGGCCCGAGGCCGAGGUGGAAGACUUGUGGGCCGACAGCGCCAGCGACGCCCUGGCGACAGGUGCGCGGAGGGGCCUUGGGGAAGGCUUGGACAAUCACACGGUCAAGUCAUGGCCCAUCAUCCUGUUCUUCGCCGUGGUGCUGGGGGGCCCGUACCUGAUUUGGAAGCUGCUCAGCUCCACCUCUGGGUCUGAGGAGAGCGCCAGCAACUGGGCCAGUGGGGAGGACGAUCAUGUGGUGGCUCGAGCAGAAUAUGACUUCACUGCCUCAUCUGAGGAGGAGAUUUCUCUGCGGGCUGGAGACAUGAUGAACCUGGCUCUGAAAGAGCAUCAGCCCAGGGUUCGAGGCUGGCUGCUGGCCAGCGUGGACGGACAGACCACUGGACUUGUUCCGGCCAACUACGUCAAAGUCCUGGGGAAGAGGAGGGGGAGAAAGCACGCUGAGGUGGAGAGACUCGCUCAGGAACAAGCCGCUUCACAGAGUGCUCCGUUAUCAAGAGGAAACCUGCCGAGUCCUGCCGCCACGUGCGCAGAAGAGGCUCUAGAAUCUGUCUACAGAGAGGCUCCUGGUGUGGAACCUUCCAGCGCACACACAGUGGUGGCCAUGCCGGAGAAGACUGACCUGUGAUUCUGGACCUUGUGUGUGUGUGUGGAGGGGGUGGGGUUAGUCUUGGGUCAUGGUAGACUUUCGGAAGCUGCAACAAGAGGGUGUUAGGUCAGUCAUAACACGUGUGUGUGUGUGUGUGUUGAUAGACAGGUAUUAAAUACUGAUAACAAUGAAAAAGGCCACGUCUUUCUCUGCCCUGUGUUUGUCUCUCAAUCAAACUGGGCUAAUCUUGCACACUGUUGUCGAGUCAUUCGACACGCUGCAAUUUUGUAGAUAUUUAUUAUAAUUAUUUUCAAAAAUAAAUUAUAGAAGAAACAA